AUGAGAGCUCUAAAUGAGCUAAGGAACUUGAAAUUGAGGCCAAAUCAGUCCAUCUCUUCGAAGUUCUGCGUGGUGUUAGAGAAAUUGGCUCGUGAAGCGAACCCUAACAGUAGUGUUACAGAAAGAUCGCUUAGAAUCAGACCCGGUAACGCGUAUAACGAGAUCAAACAAUUAGCGAUCACUAUAGAGCAAGCAAGGACAAUGUAUGGGACACCCCGAAAGAGCACGCCGACAGGUACGGAGUGGAAAAGGAGGGCACAAGCGUACAAAAGCCAUAGGGAAAGUGAUCGGUUCGGGUCUGAACCUGAAGAACCCCAUUUGGGUCAUGAGGACGAACAGAAAGGAGACGACAUAUUGCUCGGAACUGUGCCCGCUAGGAAGACCACUGUCAAUGUUGUGAGAGAAGAACGAACAAAAACAAAGAGAAACAAGGAGAAAACACGGAUAUCCGAUCUGGUGCGAGAAGCCCGAUCGAUGGGAAUGGUAGUAGAAAAGUGUUCUGCUACAAGUAACCUAGUCGGACGGAAGUUGACAGCAUGGGUAAGUGCGCUGAAUGAAAGAGUUCCUGCGCUGAUCGACACAGGAUCGAUGGUGAGCAUCGUGUCAAUAGGACUCUUGGCUAAAGCGCAGGAUAAUGGAUUUGACGUUGAUUCGCUAAGGGUAAUUGAUCGGGAAGCGCUCAAUCCCGUUUUCGAUGCCUCCGGCAGCCGAAUGCAAUUCUUAGGUGGAGUUGUCAUAGUGGUAAAAAUUGACGGAGGGACAGAAUCUGAAAUUGCCUUCUACAUUUCGAAAGAGAAAGGACAGAAAAUACUACUUGGAACGAAUGCACUGCAAAAAUUAGGGGUUCAGAUCAAGUUGCCAAUACCAGUCCCGGUUGCCACACGAAGGACAAGUGACACUGGCAGAGUUACCAUAGCAAGGCGGAAGUACGUAGCGCCGCUCACCUCGUCCCUACUACAAACACGGUGUGAAGGGGAAGAGGACUCUGUAGAGCGUGGUGCAUGGCCAGUAUCAGAUGAAGUAGCUGCAGAAAUGCCUAGGAUAGAAAAUAGUGAUUGUGCCGGUACGGUAGUCAGGGAGAGAUGCGAGUCAAUAAUAGAGAGAAAAGGCAAGAAAAGUGGGCAACGGAGUACUGAGAAAUGGAAAGAAAGAAGGAAGAAAAGAGUAACGGUGGGAGAAAGAGAUCCCAAACCAGGACAAAGGGCUAGAAAACAGAAAAAGGACGUACGGAUUUCUUAUAAUAAGUACUCCAACCAAAUUCCUAAGGACACU